GUUACGUCAUUUUUGAGCGACGUUCUUUCGCAGCUGUAAAUAACGGUUGGAUCGUAAACAGCUCUCCAUUCUUAAGUUAUUCCCGUAUUAGUAACGGCACAAUAUGCUUUCUUCUUCACUCUCAAUAGUGCACUUUAUGCUGAAUAAAUCGCAGUUUUUGGUUAUAUCUUUGUAAGCUUCUUAGUGUAGUAACAGUCUAGUUUGUUCUUGCUGGGUAUAGUCAUUUCAAGCUUGUUGAUUGGUAUUAUGAAUAAGUUCACAUUCCGCUUCAUGUCGUCCUGCCAUUGUUUCUUUUGUUUGUUGUAUAAUCGAACUAGUGGAAGUGUUAGCAGGCUCAUGUAGUGUCAGGUAGCUUGCUGUACAAUGAAUUCAGAGUGGAAACUAGAAACGCAAACAUCGACGCCAUAAACGCACGUGAUGGAUAAUGAAAAGGAUCUGGAGUCACUUGGAGAGAAACUGUACGACCUGAUUUAUCCUAAACACGCUGACAUGGCUCCAAAACUAACAGGAAUGCUCCUGGAGCUGCCAGGGGAUGUGAUCGGUCAGAUGCUGCAGGAUGAAGCUCUUCUUACCAAAGCGCUGGAGAGGGCACUGGAAGCCCUGCACCCGGACGCCAGUAAACCGGCGUCACAGGCUGACGAUGUCGACUCCGUGUCCUCCGACUCCCUGGGUGAACAGCUGUAUGAGCUCAUCAACCUUUACAACACAGGACACACCCACAAACUCACAGGGAUGUUGUUAGAGCAGGAAAAAAAGGUGGUGCUUCAGCUGUUAUCUGAUCCGGUCCUGCUGGAGGAGAAAGUCAACAUGGCCCUGAAAACCUUACAGGAGUCUAGUUGUAGGCAGAGUCAAAGAGAGACCGGCGCGAGUGACCGAGACGAAGAGGAAGUGAUUGGAGAGAGACUAUUUGCACUCGUACGAGACUUAGAACCGGACCACUGUGCCGAUAUUACCGGGAUGCUGUUAGAAAUGGACCUCGGCACACUGCGGCAGAUUCUGUCUGAUCGGACCAUGCUAGAAGUCGCAGUGCAGCGAGCAAAGAGCGCCCGGGAGAAUGCACUGCGUCAGCCAGAACCAGAGACCAAGUGAAGACUAGAACAUGCCUUGUUUAUUUAUAAAUACUUAAACAGAAAAAGUAAAUGUCAAGAGUGGGGAAACGUGAGGAAAUCCUGUUGUACUGUUAUUCCUGACCUGAAGAUUAGCAAACAUGGAGGCAUUUUGGUUAUAGAAAUAUUUUCUGAUCUGCUGAGGUAAAGAUUCUAACGGGGUUAGCUAUAUUUCGGUGAGCCCGUGCACACUGAUCACAGUCUGAAGCUCUCGACCUGUAUCCGCAGGCUUUUAUGCACUGCACAGCUGCCACACGAUUGGAUAUGUGCAUGAAUCAGAAGGGGUACAGGUGUUCCUAUUAAAGUGGCCUAUGAGUGUAUGUGGUAUUAUAAACCAUGUAUUCGUAGAACCAUAUUUUGUACAUAGGCUUUUAAGAUGAAAGUCAUCUGUUCAUUUUGUUGCAAUAUUGAUAUUAAAAAGUUGAGACCACAUUCAUUUGCGGAAUUCAAACGAAACGUCCACACACACGCGUUCCAACGUGUUAAAGAGCUCAAAAAUAUGUUUAUUUUCUUCAUCACUUUUUUUUUUUCUUCUUCUUCUUCUUCUUCUUUUGAGUAAUUUUACAGUGAAUUUGAAACAAUGGAAAAGUCCAGGCUUCUUUCAAAGGGGUCGCGAAUCCUCUGGAAUUACAAAAAAAAAAAAAAAACAACACACACACACACACACACACAAAAUCCCUCGCAGUGGCCACCGGAACGAGACUAGCGAUUAAGAUUUAUGAGAAAAUGAUUAAGAAUCAGCAAUGGAAAAAAAAAAAAAAACCAUGACAGUAAUCUAAGCAGUGGAAUAUGGAGAAAUUCAGCUCAUAAAUAUUGAUUCGGAUAUACAGAUUUGGGAUUUGUGACGAUUUUAAAAAAAAAAAAAAAAAAAAAAGAUCAUGUGUCUCGUUCCGACAGAAAGCCUUAAUAAAUAUCUAAAAUCUUCCAACGACCCUCACUGACGAAAACGGGCAAGAUGAACACACCCCGCACCGUCUGCGUCCCAAUGGCGCGCCCCUCUCUAUUUCUCUCUCUCACACACUCGCACACACAAACACACACACACAAACACAAACACAGAUGCUGAAAUGCAGUUAGUUAGGAAGGUCUAACUGAAAGCGAAACAAAAUUAUUGCACUUAAAGUUCACGCUGGCGGAGGAGCUGUCCAGUCAAAACACAGAGCAAAAGGGAGGAAAAAAAAAAAAGAAAAAGUACGAU